AUGCCACAGUGGGAAGCAGCCCUCGCGCUGCUCUUGGCUGCGCUUGCCCUGCUCGCCCUGCUUGCCCGGCGGCUCGGGCGCCCCUGGAGGCGCACCGUCGGAGCGACGACCCUGCCAGGGCCCCUGGUCCAGGACCACGAGGAGGAGGUGGACGGCGGAGGCCCCGCCGAUCAGUUCAGCGACAGGCGCGAGCCGCUACCCGGUGGGUGCAGCCUCAUCUGUAAGCCGUCGGCGCUGGCCCAGUGUCUGCUGCGCGUCCUGCGACGCUCAGCGGCGCUGGAGCCCGGCCCGCGCUCCUGGCUCUCCGGGCCCCACCUGCAGACCCUCUGCCACUUCGUCCUUCCCGUCGGACCCGGGCCUGAGCUGGCCCGUGAGUACCUGCUGGCGGAUGAUGGGCUGGUGGCCCUGGACUGGGUUGUAGGACCCUGCGCCCGGGACCGCCGGGUCUCCAACGCCGGGGGCCUUCCGGCGGUGCUGCUAGUGAUCCCCAAUGCGUGGGGGCGCCUCACCCGCAACGUGCUGGGCCUCUGCCUGCUCGCCCUAGAGCGCGGCUACUACCCAGUUAUCUUCCACCGCCGCGGACACCACGGCUGCCCGCUGGUAAGCCCCCGGCUACAGCCUUUCGGGGACCCAUCAGACCUCAAGGAGGCCGUCACUUACAUCCGCUUCCGACACCCGGCGGCCCCGCUGUUCGCGGUGAGCGAAGGCUCGGGCUCCGCGCUGCUGCUGUCCUACCUGGGUGAAUGCGGCUCCUCCAGUUACAUGACAGGCGCCGCCUGCAUCUCGCCAGUGCUGCGCUGCCGCGAGUGGUUCGAAGCCGGCCUGCCCUGGCCCUAUGAGCGCGGUUUCCUGCUGCACCAGAAAAUCGCCCUCAGCAGGUAUGCCACAGCUCUGGAGAACACAGUGCACACCAGCAAGCUAUUCAGGAGCCGCUCCCUGCGAGAGUUUGAGGAGACCCUCUUCUGUCACACCAAGAGUUUCCCCAUCAGCUGGGAUACCUACUGGGACCACAAUGACCCCCUCCGGGAUGUGGAUGAGGCGGCUGUGCCUGUGCUGUGCAUCUGCAGUGCUGAUGACCCCGUAUGUGGGCCUCCGGACCGAGCGCUGCCCACUGAACUCUUCCACAGCAAUCCUUACUUCUUCCUUCUCCUUAGUCGCCACGGAGGCCACUGUGGCUUCCUGCGACAGGAGCCCUUGCCAGCUUGGAGCCACGAGGUCAUCUUGGAGUCCUUCCGGGCCUUGACUGAGUUCUUUCGAAUGGAAGAAAGGAUGAAAGGGCUGAGCAGGCACCGAACUUCAUUCCUAGGGGGCCGUCGUCGUUGGGGAGCCCUGCAGAAGCGAGAGGUUUCUCCCUCUUCCAAUCUGGAGGAGAUCUUUAGCUGGAAGCGAUCAUACACAAGGUAAGGCCUGCCUGGCUGGACAAGGCCCCUGUCCUGCAAGGAAGAACAGAGCUGGGCGUGGCCAAGUCUUGAAAAGAUGGUGAGAAUUGGAUGAGGGGAGCCCUAAGCUCUUUGCUCCUGAAUCCGCCCCUUCUUUCUUAAACUGGUCUGUGGAAAGACACUUCCAGCAAGUCUGCACUCACUAACUGGAACAGAACUCCUGCUCAAGCUCUGCGAAACACGUUCUUGCUCAUUCUGAUCACCCCUGAUCACUGUCUCCCAUCAAAGCUUCAUAAACCAAGGAAUAGCACCUUUUAAGUCCAUGGACUUAAAGAAAAAUGCUAUCUUCCUAGCCACGACUAUAGGGAAGAUGAGUUUAUCUAUGUUAUUGGGUGGCCCUGUCCCACACAAUCAGCUUGGUGACUCUGACUCUCGAGCUGGAGCCACUAGAUGUAGAAAGGACAGGAUGUUU